AUGGGUUCUGACCCGCAGUUUGCCAAAUACCCCGACCUCUCUCUCAGCCAGGACAUCUUCAACCUCUCGAACCCAGCAUGUCUCCCGUCCUCGCGCCAGAGCUCGCUCAAGAAGCUCCAAUCUGCCAUACAAGAGCACAGCAUGGCCCCGUUGUAUAGGCACCUUGCCCAUCCGACCGAAGGAGUGCUUAAUAGCUCUGGGGAGGGUACGUCACAGACCCCAGCAGCAGGCGGUUCGAGCCCCGGCGGCACCGGUGUGGUGGUGACUUCUGAUAUGUUGGCGCGGAGGCCGUCGAGCACUCGGUCGGAGCUGGUAUGGGAUGAGAAGCUGUAUGAUCGGCUGGUAGCUGACAAUAAACGGGAGCUGGACGGGUUGGCGAAGGAGGAGGAGGAGGCGGCCGAGGCGGCUGGCGAGACGGAGGUGCAGGCUGCGAGAGGGAAGAGGGCGGAGCUUUGGGCGAGAGUAGGUGAUAAGGAUAAAGCUAUUGCAGCGUAUGAGGCCGUGUUCGAGAAUACCGGCGUCCUAGGAACCAAAAUUGAUAUCGUGCUUGCCAUGAUUCGCGUUGGCCUGUUCUUUGGUGACAAGGUCUUCGUUAAGAAAAACGUUGACCGCGCAAACACCCUUGUCGAAUCCGGGGGUGACUGGGACCGCCGAAAUCGUCUAAAGGCCUACAAGGGCCUACACAUGCUCACCAUCCGCAACUACAACCUUGCCGCUCCUCUAUUACUUGAUAGUUUGUCAACAUUCACUAGCUACGAGCUCUGCAGCUACUCUAACCUCGUUAUUUAUUCCGUCCUUGCUGGAUCGUUGUCACUUAAACGUGUGGAUUUCAAGGCCAAGGUCGUUGAUGCGCCUGAGAUCAAGGCCCUGCUAGGAGAAGGAGAGGACAGGCUAUCCGCUUUGUCAGGUGCUCUAUCCUCUGGCCCUGGAGCAGGUGAUGAAGAGAUGAAAGAUGCCGAAACCAGCGCAACUCCUACUCCUGCCACCGCAUCCAAAGUCGUUAACCUUACGACCCUGGGCACCGAGACCGGCGUAGAGUCUGAGACUGAAACUCCCGUCGACUUUACCCCGUUGACCAGCUUGGUUCGCAGUCUGUACAUGGGGCAGUACCGCACGUUCUUCACAGCGUUAGCGGCUGUAGAAGAUAACUUCCUCAGCCAGGAUAGGUAUCUGUUCGAGCACCGUGCAUGGUUUGUGCGUGAGAUGAGACUACGCGGAUACCAGCAGCUACUGCAGAGUUACCGUGUCGUAGGUCUGGAAAGCAUGGCCGGUGAUUUCGGCGUCACUGUCGACUUCCUUGACCGGGACCUUGCGAAAUUCAUUGCAGGAGACAGGAUAUCAUGCACCAUCGAUCGAGUCAACGGGAUCAUCGAGACCAACAGGCCUGACGACAAGAACAAACAGUACGCCGAUGCGGUCAAGCAGGGAGAUGCACUGAUCACGAAGCUACAAAAGUACGGACAGGCCGUGCGGUUGAGAGGGACUAGACGUCUGGCUCACCUCCGUCUCACCGUCAUAGACUCUCACUUCUCGCCGCUGGAUCUAACCGUCUUAACCAUGGCUCCCCGCCUCUCUCUACCGGCCAUCACCACGGCGUCAUCAACUUGCUAUACUUGCUUUUUCGCUCAAUACUACGGACGUUCCCCUCGCUUCCCCGGUGCCCGUCUGGCAGCAAAGCCGUCGUCGCCUCGGUCACAGAGUGCAGCUACCCUUCGUCGAUAUUCUUCCACCAUGGGCUCCGUUCCAACUCCCCGCAUGAACAGGGGCAACAUCAACCCAAACGUUAUCAACGCCCAGUAUGCCGUCCGUGGAGAGCUGGCCGUCAAGGCGGAAGAGUACCGAGUGGCUCUUGAGAAAGGCCAAAAGCUUCCCUUCGACAAGGUCAUCUUCGCCAAUAUCGGAAACCCUCAGCAGCUCGAGCAGAAACCCAUAACCUUCUCCAGACAGGUGCUGAGUAUCUUGGAGUACCCGGGCCUGCUCGACAAUGAAGAAGCCCUCAAGUCCUCCUUUGGAUACAAGUCGGACGUCAUCUCGCGGGCCAAGACGCUGCUGGCAGACGUCCAGAGUGUCGGCGCAUACAGCCAGAGUGUAGGCGCUCCCGGGAUCCGCCAGAGCGUUGCAGACUUCAUUGCCCGCCGUGACGGCUUCCCUUCCAACCCGGCCGAUAUAUACUUGACCGCCGGCGCCUCAUCUGGCGUCAACACGCUCCUCAACGUCAUCUGUGCUGGCAAGAAGACUGGUGUGCUCGUCCCUAUCCCCCAAUAUCCACUCUACACCGCAACUCUCGCCCUCAUCGACGCUACCUGCGUACCAUACUACCUCAACGAAGCACAAGCUUGGGCCACAGAUGUCGAAGAGAUCAAAACCGCACUAUCCAACGGCCAGGCUGCCGGAACUGAUAUUCGUGCCAUCGUGAUCAUCAACCCCGGUAACCCCACUGGCGCCAGUCUCAGCCCCGCGGCCAUCAAGGAUGUCAUCGACAUUGCUGCCCAGAAGCAGCUAGUCAUCAUUGCCGAUGAGGUAUACCAGACCAACGUCUUCAAGGGCGAAUUCACAUCCUUCAAGAAACGCCUGCGCGAGCUCCAGGCCGAAUUCCCAAAUACAUACGAUGCCGUCGAGCUGGUUUCACUCCACUCCGUCUCCAAGGGCAUGGUAGGCGAAUGUGGACAUCGUGGUGGCUACUUUGAGAUUAUCGGCUUCAAGCCCGAGGUCGUCGAACAGAUCUACAAGUUUGUGAGCAUCAUGCUCUGCCCACCGGUAAUUGGCCAGUGUCUGCUCGAGUGCAUGGUUCACCCACCCGUGAAGGGCGAGGAGAGCUACGAGUUGUACGAGAAGGAAUACAAUGGUAUUUCCGAAGGCCUGAAACAGCGUGCGUUUGCGCUCUACGAGGCCUUCAAGAAGAUGGAAGGCGUCGAGUGUCAGGAGCCUCAGGGCGCCAUGUACCUCUUCCCUACCAUCAACCUCUCCGCCAAAGCGAUCGCUGCUGCCGAGAAGGCAGGUCGUAAACCAGACGUAUUCUACGCCCUCCGCCUCCUCGAUGCUACAGGCGUGUGUAUCGUUCCCGGCUCAGGCUUCGGUCAGAAAGAGGGCACUCUGCACUUCCGCACGACCUUCCUAGCUCCAGGAACCGACUGGGUGGAUCGCAUUGUUAAAUUCCAUGGCGAAUUCAUGAACGAGUUCAGAGACUGA